CUUAUAACCUAAAUUAGUACGGUAUUACGGAUAAAAGUAAAGCAGACAUUGACUUUGCGAUAUGUGAUGCAAGGAGGCAUUUAAUUAAAAAGAAUUUAGUGAACUGGUGUAAUCAAGUGUGGCCCUAGGGCCUGUAAUACGGUACGGCACUGUCGCAUUUCCCGUGAUUGGUUAAAGAUCAUAAGUCAGCGUUGAUGAUUGGGAUUCCGCGGGACGACCGACAUAAGAUCACGGUUAUGAUCCGCAAUAACAUGAAGAGAAGCUCGAGUCGGGAUACGCCGCCUCCACGCGUCAAAAGAAGCAGGUCCUCCAUGGGGCGAUACAACGACUCGAGUGAUGAGAGAAUAACACCGGAGAGAAUACGCCGUAGAAGCAGAGGUGCCAGAAGUCCAAGUCCUCCACCGAAAGCCUCAUCGCAUGCGAGAUACGUCGAGUCCAGCUCCCACAGGGAUGAUUACCUGAGGGCACCACGUGAGCUUCCACCAGAACGACCGUACAGUUAUAAAGUUCUAUGCAUCAGUUCGAUUCAUCCUAAAGCCAGUGAUGAGGUUAUCAAGGAUACUCUCUAUAGGGAAUAUAAAAAGUUUGGAGAUUUUUCCAUAAGGAUUUCGCAUGAAUUGGAUGAGCGUGUGGCCUACGUUUGCUUUAGAAGUUCUGAGGAUGCAAGGGAUGCAAAACAUGCAAAACCAAGAAUUAUCAUGUAUGAUAAAGUUGCUCUAGUCGAGCCUGUUUAUGAGAGACCUGAAACAUAUAGACGACCUAGAUCUAUGACACCACCAGACUAUGAUCGUUAUUAUGCCCGGUCACCUGGUCCCACUGAAAGACAUAGACCUCUCGAAAGAUACGAGCGUGUUUAUGGACCACCUGUCGGUCUUCCUCCACAUAGAGAAUUGAGAAGAGAAGCAAUUCCACCUCCUCAUGAAUUUGUCAGACCACCAAUGCACCAUGGUCCACCUCAUGUACAUCCUGGACCUCCUCAUCAUUAUGGGCCACCAAGACAUAUGAUGAUUCGCCAUCCUGUUCACGGUUUUGAACGCGUUGAAAACAAGAAAGAUAAAUUUCCAAAUUACUUGCAUCACGUUUCACCUGAGGAUGAUCCUCUUGCUACAAGAACCUUAUUCGCUGGUAAUCUGGAGAUCAACAUCACUGAAGAGGAGCUCCGUAGAAUAUUCAGCAAAUAUGGCAUUGUAGAUGAUAUAGACAUCAAGAGACCACCACCAGGAACAGGAAAUGCCUAUGCCUUCGUACGAUUUCAGACCUUGGAUAUGGCUCAUCGAUGCAAAGUGGAACUAUCUGGACAGUACAUUGGCAAAUUUCAAUGCAAGAUUGGUUAUGGAAAGGCUACACCUACAACGCGUAUCUGGGUGGGAGGUCUUGGGCCUUGGACAUCCGUUCCCCAACUUGAGAGAGAAUUCGAUAGAUUCGGUGCUAUCAAGAAGAUUGACUACAUUAAAGGAGACAGCAACGCAUACAUCCUGUACGACUCUAUUGAUGCUGCCCAAGCUGCCGUUAAAGAAAUGAGGGGUUUUCCUCUGGGAGGACCCGAUCGUCGUUUACGAGUAGAUUUCGCUGAUGUGACACCAGGCUUUGGAUUCAAACCAAGACCUUAUCCUGAGGAAAGUGGCGAGUUUAGACCCAGACCAGUGGAUUAUGAGUCUCCAUAUGAUCCAUACACUCCAGAAGGUGAAUUCGGAUAUGCUCCACGAUCCUUCAGAGGUCGAGGAAGUGCAUCUUGGCACGACAGAAGAGGUGGUGGACGCGGAGCUUAUCGAGGAACUUACCCUGAAGGAUACAUGCGCGAUGAAACGGAAUGGCAAAGUAGAAGACCACCACCAGAAAUGGAAUAUGAAACACCAAGAGGAUUACGAAGAUCCGUAUCAAGGGAACCAGGAGUCGAUCGUUCCAGGUCAAGAUCCCCUCGUAGAAGACCUAUGGACUCUGAUUCUGAUUCUGAAACAGCACGGACAGGAAUGCUUUCCACGUCUAGGACACUUCCCGAAGUUGCUAGGAAAUCCAUAGCAGUAUGGCAGGGCGCUCUUAUCUUGAAGAAUUCUCUCUUCCCAGCUAAAUUCCAUCUCACCGAUGGGGAUAUCGAGAUUAUUGAAGCCUUGAUGAAGGAUGAAGAAGGCAAGCACAUGCUCAGGAUUACACAGAGACUACGUUUGGAUCAACCUAAGCUCGACGACGUCUCUAAAAGAAUUCAAACCUCCAGUUCACACGCGAUUUUCUUAGGACUUGCAGGAUCUAGUGCAGCCAUCACCAAUGAUGAUGCCAAUGUGCAAACCAGACCCCUGCGUAACUUAGUUUCAUACCUGAAACAAAAAGAAGCAGCCGGUGUGAUAUCACUUUUGAAUAAGGAUACCGAAGGCACUGGUGUACUGUAUGCCUUCCCACCUUGUGCAUUCUCUACAGAAUUACUCAAGCGUACUUGUCCUAGCUUAAGCGAAGAAGGUCUCAAGGAGGAUCAUCUGGUGAUAGUUGUGGUAAAAGGUGGCAGCGCAUAGGAGUCUCAUCAACGAGUAACGAUCUUAGGACAACUAAUUCAAUGUUAUGGCCGUUUACUUUUUACCAUGAAAGUAUGGACGAGCCACUUCGUUAUCUUGACAGCAGUAUGCGAGGAUUAUGCACCAGCAGAUAAUCUCCCUGAUAUCAACAAUCAUUUACCAUCGCGAAUUCUUAACAGUAAUGAAACAUAAAUCAAGAAUGCGCAUACGUUCUUUUAUAACUUUUGUGCUACGUUUUUUCUUGUAACUUCGAGAACGUGAAUCUAUUGAGAAAAUUAGGUCUUGUUCGUUCAGGGAGGUUCGAUCAGAUAGUGACAUUCUAAUUUCAGUGGUAAGGAAUGUUCUAAGUAGGCUCAGUAUCAAGGACUCCUGAAAACAAGUUCUUCCUACAGUGGAUGAGCACAUGGGACAAAAAGAAACUGAUAGACUAAUUAUAUUUUACCAGAAAAAAUAUAUAAUCCAACUCCAGCUACUCGACAGAUUAAUCUAAAUCAUAAUGAACAUUCUUUUACGAAGCCCAAAACCUUUGUGCUUCAUCGAGAGACCUAAACAAUCAACCUGACACUCCUGAUGUUGAGCUCUAUUAGAAAGCAUGUGCAUAUAAGCAGUAUGACGAGUAACGAUUUAAAAAAAGGAAGCGUAUCUCGUCUCUAUUAAGGAUUAAUCGCUAUUGCUAUCGCUAACGCUAAAUUAUCCCUACAAUUAUGCUAGCAUAAAAUAAUUCGCAUAGUCCCUAAUUAACCUAAGUAAUUCUUUGUAUUUUUACGUAAGGCGCGUUGCUGCAGUGCCCAUUUACUUCUUAUACAUAUAACUGGCGUCUAUUAUCAUUCUGACGGGAGGAAAGUCUCUCUUAGGUUUUUCAGACUUUAUCUGAUAUAUUUUCAUCAUCGCUCUUUCGAUAUCUCUUUAUUGUUACACCAUGUCUGGUUUCUUACAUCCAUUUCUAAUGACUGUCACGCGGAUAUGUAUAACAAGCGUAACCCUUUGUUCUUCGAUGCGUAAUUGUGUAGAUAAUAUUAAAGAAAUGCGCAGCAAGGUACCAAAUAUUGCUACUGCCAUUUCACGUUACUUUUAACAAUAUGAUGAAUUCUUUUUAUAUAUUUCUUUUCCACAAUUUGUAUCCUGAAUUUCAGGACGUCUAUUUCAACAAUUGCUUUUACUGUUAUUUUCGAUCGUUUAUAAUCAAUUGCAUAGUAUUCAUACACUAUUAUGUACAGUUAAAAAUUUAUAGAAAGGAGAAAGAUAUAAGUACGUUUGAAACAGGGGAACGCGAAGUGGCACUAGUAUGCCUUGAUGCGUUGUGGCGAUACUUUAAUUAAGGAUCUUGCUAACACGAAAAGGAAUGAGAGGCAAGAAAAAGCAAAAUCAGCAAACAAAGAUGAACGGCAACUAUCGACAUUUUUUUUUUAAAUCUAUCUUAAAUGUGUGUACUAGGGUACUUUUGACUAUCUCUUCUUAUGCUUUGUUUUGCUGGAUUAACGUGUACCUUCGUGCUUUAGAGGAGAAGCGACAAAUAAGAGUGGAUGAAAUAAGAGAGAAUGGGAGAUGAGGAAGAGAUUGGAAUGGAGAAAAUGUGGAAGAAUGACAACAAUUUAUCUAUAUUAAUAGGUCUCGAUAACGCCCAGAAGUGUCGUUCGGUGUUGUAAAAGAAUUUAAAGGAAGAAAAAUCACGGAUUCUCGUAUAUCGUGAGUCUGAUCUACAUAUGUAAUCUAAAUUUUUAAAAAUGCACCGCGGCCGAGGAGUGAUUCCCUGAAUGAAUUGAAUGAUAAGUUUGACAAAGUGAAAGCAAAAGACGAAAUGAAUCGUGUUUUUGUGGGGAGGAAGGGUGGAGAGAAAACAAAAUUAGCAAAAUAUAAAAAACCCGUUCUUAGACCAUAAAAGGAAGACGCACGAACGUUCUUUAAAGGGAAAUUGAGUUAUAAGUUUUCUCAGUGCGGACGUCAGAUAUCCAUAAAGGACAGUGUUUGGUGAAUCUUCGGUUAAACAGGAAAAUAAAAUCGAUCGAGACAAAGCUGAAAAAGAGCUCUGAAAAUGUGUACAGUGAUGUAAAACAGUGGUUUUGUGUCCAUCGCCUUCGAGAGUGCAGAUUAUUGUGUUGUGUGUUUAUUCCUCUUGAACGGAUUCAAUCAAGGAUAUAUAUAUAUACACGCAUUUAUCUAAAUUUAUGCGUAUAUAUAUAAUAAGAUAUUGUGUCCGUUUGAGAGAAGGAAAAUAAUUGAGAAAAAGCAAAAGAUGCCAAAUUAAAGAAAUGUAGUUUGUGAGCGUACAGUGGCACGCUCGGAGGCGAAAAGACGACGGAGGUGCAGUGGUCAAAGUGUACCUGGUGUUUUUUCUCCUCGAACAACAAAAUAGAUGCCGUUUAUGCAGACGAAAUUAAAACGUGUCCAUGUGUCUAUUAAUUUAUGUCUUUAGUACCAUUGAUUGUCCACUGAAGUUUGCAAUCUAAAAUAAGGGCUCCGCAAGUGAUGGUUCACCUGGAUUCUCCAACUUGCACGUACAUACUCGAUGGAGGUUCUCGUCUACGACGAGAAACAAUCACCCGGAGAUGUCUGAGAAGCUGAGCAUCAUGCUUACUAUCAUCAUAUCAUCUCCUUGGUGAUGGAAGUUCUUUGAGACUAGGCAUUUAAAGAAAAACACAGGAAAUACUAUGAAAUUAUGGAGAUAAUUAAUAUGAAGUCAUCCUAACUAAAUGCAUGCCUGUGCUUGGAGUACCCUAAUUCAUUUAGGUGUUUUGCAUCUUCAAGGAGUUCAGUAAUGCCACGUUAAUUAAUACACAGUUUUGCUAUACGCCUCUUCGCUGUUUCAGUUCUUGGUUUGUUUGAGGAACAAAUUUUCAGUUUAACUAUUGGUUCUUCUUCAAAGUCAGUGAAGUUUUUUUUGUGUAUCAAGUACACAUGGUGCUGUGCUCUGUUCAUUGAAAAGCGUUAUUGCUCUUCUAGCAAAUAGUUCCUUCGAUAAUGUUAUUGAGAGUUGUUCAGUUCACUGAAAAGAUGUAGUGUGGUUUUAGUGAAGAAGCAAUAUGUAACUGUGUUUCCCAAGGAAGUUUUCAGUAUAAUGUAAUGAAAAACAAGAUUGAAAGAAUCAGUAUGGGUUAUCUUGUGAUAUAUACUAAGAUGGUUCCUUAAUCAAAUUGUGCCUUGAGUCUCUUGCGCGAAAUUAUUUGAAAAGAGCACUUGCUUAUGGAGUUUGACGUCAGUCGUUUGAUCCGGGUUGUACAGUUUAGUGAAAGUGAGUUUGGUGAUACUGUAGAUGCAGAACAAAUUUUGUUGGGUGUUUCUAGUGUGAGGUGAUCUAUUUACUAGUAUUAUACAAUUAUCGAGCUAUGUUUAUCCUGUCAGUUCUUCCUCAGGUGAUAAGAACACUCGAGGAUUAUAGGUAAGAAACGCAGGAAAAGAUCAUUUUGUUUCAGAGAACAAACCAUCCUGAAGCAUGUGGAGAGCUGCCUGCCUGGAGGGGAUGCUUCAUGGAAAAUCACAAGACUGAUAAAUUAUUGUAUAAAGAGAAACAUUGAAUAAAUCAGGAAAUAUUCCAUAAA